CUUUUUUCCGGACGCCAUCUUGUUCAUCCGAAUUAUCCGAUUUCGGUGUUCCAUUCCGGGUUUUUAGGGCGUUUUUACCCGAUUUACAGCUUAAAACCACCUAAAACCCAUAAAUAACAUGUACUAAGUGUCUAACAACAGUUUCACCAUUUAAUACAUUUGGGUUUACCAAGUAGGUAUAUAAGCAUGUCCCGAUACAACUCCGACUGCAAAGUGUAUGUGGGCGAUUUGGGUAAUAGCGCCUCAAAACAAGAAAUUGAGGACGCGUUUCGGUAUUAUGGCCCCCUGAGAAACGUUUGGGUCGCCAGGAAUCCGCCGGGUUUCGCUUUUGUCGAGUUUGAGGACCCCAGGGAUGCAGAAGAUGCUGUUCGGGGACUAGAUGGGAGAACGAUUUGCGGCAGAAGGGCCAGAGUGGAAAUGUCCAACGGCAAGUCUGGAAGCAAUAGGAGCCGUGGACCUCCGCCCAGGUCUAGAGGAAGACCCUUCCAUCCCGACGAUAGAUGUUAUGAGUGUGGAGAUCGGGGGCAUUAUGCUAGGGACUGCGGGAAGUACAGGAGAAGCCGUAGAGACAGAUCUCGUAGCCGUUCGAGAAGCCGCUCCCGCGACCGUAGAACCCGCUCCCGGAGCCGUUCCAGAUCCCGUAGCCGCUCCAGAUCCAGGCGAUCCCGUUCCGCGUCCAGGGAAAAAAAGAGCCGAAGUCGCUCCCGUUCCAACAGGGACGACCGACGUUCCCGAUCACGUUCGGCACGUUCUCGUAGCCGAUCGGUCGCGAAAGAAAACGGGAACGAUCGGGAUAGGGAUUAAGGAUGUGUGUGUUUUUUUGGUGGGGAGGUAUUUCUCUCUAAGUUCUCAAUAGGUUUUCCCCCAGUAUAGCAUAAAAUACAGUUUUAAAAACAGUUGUUUGUACGUACGUAAUGGCUUAAGGAGAGGAAAUUUGCCAAGUUGUUUAAGUAAGGAUUAUCUGUUAAGUGUAGUACUUAAAUUCUGUUUUUUUUUUUUAAUUCAUUGAGACGUGGAUUUUAUUUUACGAUUUCUUGACAAACGUAUCGUGUAUUUGCAAAGUUCAAUAAACGUAGGUAAACUUUA